AUAAACCUGAGCCGGCCAGUGUGUCUUUGAGGGAAGAGGAGAGGCAUUGAUUGAUCCGCUGGUUCGCGACAAAUGAACCAGAAAUGGUUGCUGGAAAUUGAAUGAGACGUUUUUACAAAGCUGUGUGAAGAACGUGAACGGAGGGCUUGUUCAGAGAAAGACCGGACAAUUAUGUCAGCAAAGCAUCACGUUUUACUUGUGAAAUCAGAAAAACGAAUUGUUGCUGUUUUAACUCCGUUAAUCUUUAUUAAGUGUGCAUGUGUGUCGCUGUGGUAGAGCAUCUCAUAUACCUUGCUUGGGGGUGUGUGCCUGCUCACAAGUACGCCUUGCUGUGUGGAAUAUAUAGGUGUAUUGUUUCCUUUUGUUCGCACUGUCUUUCUACAGCUAAGAGGUAUUCGCCCUCAGCAUUAUUUGGUUUGGCAUUUCAUAAAGUCGGAGGAUAAGGCUGUGGCAAGAAUUCCUUCCACCAGGGCUUGUAGAUCGUUAUGACUUCCUGUAUUUUAUUUUAUUUUUUAAAGCCUGUUUGUUGGAAGUUGGUUUCCAAUUUGGCGUGAGCCAUAACAGUCCUCUUCAAUGCCCAUUGAUAUAAUUGCCAUAGACUUUAUGGUCGGCUGAAUCCAUCCUUCUCCUCCUCCUGCACAGGCGGCAUUCUAGCUCUUCGACCCAUUCCAGUAGCAAAGGAAUGGUUUUGCUCUUCAGCCUGCCCAGACAUUUUCCCACUUGCAGUGUUUGCGAACGAGAGCUGUCUUAUAAAAACCAACUAGGUGUCGUUGCCUCCAGCCAUUUCUCCAUCCACAUCGCUUUGUCUGAGGUCUCAAGAAGAAGAAAAGGCUUCAUACGCGUUGCCUGGCUCCAAGAAACGUCUCUAAAUCCUUUUGCUGGGGUCAGAGAAAUAUUGAAGGAAGAAACCUGGGAUCAAAAGGGCUUUCACUCUGAACCUAAUGGCAGCCUCGGAUCCAUCGUCCUCCAACACCACUCAGGAUCCCAAUCCGACCAAUUUACGACCCACAACCUAUGACACCUGGUGUGGUGUGGCUCAUGGCUGCACGAAGAAAAUCGGACUCAAGAUAUGCGGACUCUUGCAAAGGAACAACAGCUUGGAAGACAGGAGCCGGCUGGUGAGCGCUUUCAAGGAAAGGCAGUCCUCCAAGAACCUGCUGGCCUGCGAGAACAGCGAGAAGGAAGCAGCCAGGUUCCGGCGGACCGAGACCGACUUCUCCAACCUCUAUGCCCGGGAUUUGCUGCCAGCCAAGAAUGGCGAGGAGCAGACAGUGCAGUUCCUUCUGGAGGUGGUGGACAUUCUCCUGACCUAUGUGAGGAAGACCUUUGACAGGUCUACGAAGGUGCUGGACUUUCACCACCCACAUCAGCUCUUGGAAGGAAUGGAAGGCUUCAAUCUUGAGCUCUCAGACAACCCAGAGUCACUUGAGCAGAUUCUUGUGGACUGCAGGGAUACACUGAAAUAUGGAGUCAGAACAGGUCAUCCUCGCUUUUUCAACCAGCUUUCUACAGGACUAGAUAUCAUUGGCUUGGCUGGGGAAUGGCUGACAUCCACUGCUAAUACAAACAUGUUUACAUAUGAAAUUGCACCUGUCUUUGUCCUCAUGGAGCAAAUAACACUAAGAAAAAUGAGAGAGAUUAUUGGAUGGUCAAAUAAAGAUGGAGAUGGAAUAUUUUCACCUGGUGGUGCUGUAUCCAAUAUGUACAGUAUCAUGGCUGCCCGCUACAAGUAUUUCCCAGAUGUCAAAACCAAAGGCAUGGCUGCAGUGCCUAAACUGGUCCUCUUUACCUCAGAACAUAGUCACUACUCGAUAAAGAAAGCUGGAGCUGCCCUUGGUUUUGGAACUGACAAUGUGAUUUUAGUAAAAUGCAAUGAAAGGGGCAAAAUAAUACCAGCUGAUUUGGAGGCCAAAAUUCUGGAAGCCAAACAAAAGGGAUAUGUUCCAUUGUAUGUGAAUGCAACUGCCGGCACAACAGUUUAUGGGGCCUUUGAUCCAAUUCAGGAGAUUGCAGAUAUUUGUGAAAAAUAUAACCUUUGGCUCCACGUGGAUGCUGCCUGGGGAGGUGGAUUACUAAUGUCCAGAAAGCAUCGUCAUAAGAUGAAUGGAAUAGAAAGAGCCAACUCUGUCACAUGGAAUCCACACAAGAUGAUGGGUGUUUUGUUGCAAUGUUCUGCCAUUCUUCUUCGGGAAAAGGGUAUACUUCAAGGCUGCAACCAGAUGUGUGCAGGAUAUCUGUUCCAACAAGACAAGCAGUAUGAUAUAACCUAUGACACUGGAGAUAAAGCAAUACAAUGUGGUCGCCAUGUGGACAUAUUCAAAUUCUGGUUGAUGUGGAAAGCCAAGGGUACAGUGGGAUUUGAAAGUCAGAUCAACAAAUGUCUUGAAUUAUCAGAAUACCUAUACAAUAAAAUUAAAAAUAGAGAAGAGUUUGUGAUGGUCUUUGAAGGAGAGCCUGAACAUACAAAUGUAUGUUUCUGGUACAUUCCACCAAGUCUCAGAGGGGUGCCAGACUCUGAGGAUAGGAGAGAAAAACUACAUAAGGUGGCCCCCAAAGUGAAGGCCCUGAUGAUGGAAUCGGGUACCACAAUGGUUGGGUAUCAGCCUCAGGCAGAUAAAGUCAACUUCUUCCGAAUGGUUGUUUCAAAUCCAGCUGCUACCAAGUCCGACAUUGACUUCCUCAUUGAGGAAAUCGAAAGAUUGGGUCAAGAUCUGUAACCCACUUGAGCAACCUCUUUUAUUUCUCUAAAGCACUAUUUUCCAGUACUGGUUUGUUUUUGUUUUUAACCAGUUCUGUAGAACACAUUUUAAGGUAAUCCCUUUCUAAAUGUUCAUACUUCUGAGACACUCUCUUUAAAAACAAUAACAGAACCCCUGUAGGUUACUGAAACAUAUGUGUAUUAAUAGGUUAUUAUAUUGAAGGGGAAAAUAUAUCAUCUUGAAAUGGAUUUUUUGACCCUUAUUUAAGCCUGGUAAUUCUGAUUAGCAGAAUGCUAAUUGUAUUAAGAUAGGUGAUUAAGAAUUCUGCACAAUAUAUAUGUACAGUGUGUAUGUAUAUAAAUAAAUAAAUAAAUAAAUAAAUAAAUAUGAUAAACCCAAGAGUAAGCCACAAUAUGUUUUUCAGCAUUGGGGGUUCUUAGUCAAGGACUGCUCUUGCAGAGCCCCCAUUCACUUCAGGGGGGAGGGGUUUGCCAUUCCCAUUCUAGACACAUUACCUGGGAGUUUAUCCCAUAUCAAUGGGAUAUACUUACAGGUAACACAGAGUGCAAUCCACAUCCCACUGGUCAGUGGCAAAACCUCUGUUAAUUUUAAUUGGCAUGAUCAAGCCAAAGUUAAGCACUUUCAAGCCCCAUUGAAGUCAAUGGAAUUUAGGAGCACUUUGCUUUGACUAGAUUGUCCCCAUGUUUUGGUAAAAAGUAAAGCAUAUGACAACAUGCUAACAUGUGGUAUCCUAGAUGAAAUUAGGACACAUUUUUAAAGACGUAGAUUCUUAGGAACUAAGGCAAAUGUUUAAUCCUAUUUAAACUUUAUUGUUGAUGAUUCUCUGAUGUACAAAUGAAUACGGUAACAAAUUUUAACGAGAACCACCCAGUAGUUGUAUGUAUAUCCCCUUUAGUUGUCAUAUCAGGGGAUAAUAGUAGCUGAGUUGUUGUAACAAGUUAUAUUAUUGUUGUAUUUUUUAGAAUUUGAUUUGUGUAGAUUGUGUACAUUACUGUUAAAUGGGGAGGGAAUUAAAUGUAAUAGUUUUACAGCAAGAUAACUGUUCAGUUCUAGGUAUAUGAACUGUUUGCUUCUUUUUAUGCAGAGGAUUUGCCAUGCUAAAGAGUUGUCUUGUAUUUUCUUCCAUUUGUAAUGUAUCCUAUUUAUAUAAUUACUGAAGUUCUAAAUAAUGUUUAUUGGUAUUUUAGUGUAUUUGUGAGCCAAAGAGAAGAUUAAAAAUUAGUUGACACAUUUAUAUAAUAGUGCCCUUAAAACAAUAACUUAACAGAUAAUUUUACUGUCUUUAAGGAAUCCUAACACUGUGUAUAGAUUUUAGCUUAAUGAAAUUAUUUCAUUUUACUAGAAAUGCCAUCUUUCCUAAUUGUAAUGUAGUCUGGCUGUAUGUUCAGUGUUCUGGAUGCUUUUUAGUAAGUCAUGGAUGCUUAACCAAGGCCCAUGCAUUCUCAUGGUAGUUCGGGGCCAAUCUCUGUAAUUAGUUUAGAUAAAUUCUGUGGCAAGAUACCCAAAGAUACGUAAGUUCUGUGAAAGUGCUACCAGAUCUUAUGAAUGUCAGAGAGUUAAUACAGCUUGUAGUUUGGAGUUUUAAGAAAGCAGAAAGAACAGCUCUUUGCAGAAUGUUUCAGAUAUGGCUACCUUGCCACGAUAAUUUCUAAUUAAAUAGAUACCAGAUUCAGCUCAGAUUUUAAUAGCUAGGUAGUCAGUCUUAAAUGUCCUUGGUAAAUCACACUAGCAGGCAGGCAAACUAGCUGAAUUGUUAGUUGUCUGUCGACAGAAUUUCCUCAGUCAAGCGGCUUCUGCUGACUGAAAGCCUUCCCAAAUAUGCUGCUAUAGCUCUUAGCUUCAAUUAAUGUCUCAUGUUUCAGAUGCAUACAAAACUUUCAAGACUGCAGCCCUGUACAAAGUUACACACGUACUGGUCCCAUUUAAGUGAAUGGAAAUUGCAAAAUCUCAUUAUAAUUAACAUGAGUUGUGUGCAGGUAAUUUCAUGCAGGAGUUAGGGUUAUGGAGUUAUGAGCCUAGAAUGGAUGUUAGCAAAACAGUGUUUUGUUGGAAAACAUUAGCAAUAUUUUGAUGAAUGUUUAUCAAGACUUGUAUGACUUUUAUUCCCCCUGCCCCAGGAAUUUUCCUACUGUUAAACGAAUGUCAUUGGAAAAUCCACCUUUUUUCACUCUGUCUUUUAAUACUGUUGCCAUCCCUACUGUUUGCUUUGUGCUCUCUCAUAUGCUUGGCUACCUCUUGAGUGUCCAGUAUUUCUGGAUUGUAAUGUGCAGACUGUCUUAAAUGUGUUAAAUAUCCACAUGGUACUUUGAUACCAUAUGGAUGGAGCAAUUGAGAAGCCAAUCGGAAAAGUCUAUCAUCUGCUAUCUCGUAUCAGUCUCCAAAUACAGAAAUGUUUAACUCUGAAAAAAUAAGCCACAUUCAUUUAAAAAAAUAUAUAUAUUCUCUGCUUUUUUGAUUGGGAAAUUUCUUUCUUCAGCACUUGCUGCCCUCCUGCCUCUUCCAGACUUCAUACUAUACACACAGACACACACACACUCCUGUGCAUAACUAGUGGGGAAUUGUGGGAGGGUUCUGUUGUGCAAUCACCGAGAUAAGAGCCUCGGUGGAAUUUUGAAGCACCUGUUUAAUCCUGAGCAAUGUAUUUUACACAAUUUUAUAUUAGUCAAAGAAUUGCUACUAAGGACUGCAACAAGCCUUUCCUCCAUAUGCAGGAAAUAUUGUUAUGAACAAUGAUUUUCCCCUUUUUAUUUCAAUAAGAUUACAACAGUGCAUUUAACAUAAUCAAGGAUAGCAAUUUUAACUGGAAAAGAACAGAAAGAUCCCUGAAGUAUAACUUUAACAUAAUAAAAUACAACCUACCUAGGAAAAAAGGGAAGAAAGAACAAAAGCCUACCUUCUUCUAAGGAGAGAGAGAGAUCCCAAAGCAUAAACAAUUCAUUAAAAUUCAACCAAAUAGCUGAAAAUUCCUUUUCUUUACCUUCCCAUUGAGAAAAAGCCCAUUCAAAUGCUGACAAGGAACCCAUGUCAGUUAUCCAAAGUUACAGUUCAGGAGCAAAUUUGUCUUUCCAGUGCUGUAUUAUAAUCCUUUUGGCAACGCCCCCCCCCCCCCGCCGCACAAUGAGUCCACAGUUGUUGACAGGGACGGAGCCACCUUUGAGUGAAUGGGUUCAAAGGAUCUGGGCUACCGCUCCUCAGGGACCACACCUCACGGCCCAGACAUGCCCCCAGCAUCUGAUGUCAGACACAGGGGGCAUGGUUAAGCUCCCAAACGGGGCCAUGAGGCCCUGUUUGGAAACUAAACCAUGCCCCCCACAUUUGAUGUCAGAUGCAGGGACAUGGCUAACUACUCCUGAGUCUGAUGAAAGAUGCUGAUGCAGGGGGCGGGGCUAGGGUGGCCGUGGUGGUGGGCUGAGUCUGGGCCGCCUCUGGCCUCCCUCUGCCCCUGAUUCUUGAUGUAAUGCUAGAUUCUAUAUGCUGGGGCUGUACCCCAACAAAACAUGAACGUCCUUGACAGGCAAUGACUGCUGCAAUGUCAUGUUAACAACCUUAUGGAUUUGAAGCCAAAAUGGCACAAUAGCCAAACAGGACCAAACCAUAUAUGUAAGUGCACCCUCAUACAGAUUAUGCUUCCAACAUCUAGAAGUCUGGGACUAUUCGCAGGUAGAACCUGCAUACCACAUGUUGCAUACCACUUGAAAACAUGACAAGGUAUUUGGCCACACACAGAAUCCACUAGUUUCCUUUCUUCUCACAAAUAUGCACACACAGUACACAGUUAAGCCCCCCCCAACAAGCCUUAUUUCUCCCUUUCUCACAAUAUAAACAUUUCUGGGAUAUAGCCUUGGGCUGCAAUUCUAUGCACACAGCAGUUACUUGGGAGUAAGCCCCAAUAAGUAUAUUAAGGCUUUACUUGGAAGAAACUGUAUAGAAUUGGUUGCAGUGCUAUGCAACAUUUACUUGAGAGAAUCCUUUAUCAGAUUUGAAAAUUAAAACAUAUACAUCACAAAGCUGUCCAAAGAAUUUAUGCAAAGGUAAAGCACAAAAUAACCAACAAACAAGGACUGCCAUAAGGACAAUAGAAUGGUGGAGCUACUUGCCUAUUUUGGACUGACUUGGUUUCCAAGUUGUGCCUGUUAGGUUGUCCAUGAAGAAAAGGUAAUAAUCUCAGAAUUCUUAAAAGAAAGGAAGGAAGGAAGGAAGGAAGGAAACCUAUUACUGCAUUAAAGACACAAACAUUUGAAACAGGAUAAGUAUGAAAUUGUCCAGUUUACUAACUGGACAAUUUCAGACUUAUCCUGUUACUCAGUUAAUGCUUUGUUUUAUUUGGAAGCUAUAACCCCCUCCCUCUUCGGGUUGCCAUAUUCUGGCUUUCCAAAUCCAGGUGCCUAAUUUGCAUAUUAUGUAAAUUGGCUGGAAAAUAAUUUCUGCGCAGAAUAGUGACUGCACGUUUUGCUCCAUACCUCCGCUUCUACAAGGGCUAGAGCUUAGCUUUUUUAUUUAUUUGUUGUUUUUUUUAAGAAAGAAAUCUGGGAGAAUCUGGGUGGGCUAAGCAAGGUGGGUGAGAUGCUUAAAAUCUAGGUGAAACCCGGAAUUUUAAGGGACAUGGCAACUCUACUCCCUCUCCUUCACCCUCAAGAGAGGUGAGAAACUAAGAGAAAGAUAAGGUUGCUAGCAAGAGACUUCACAUAAAGUCCCAGAACAAGAGGGAAGGCAGGAACAGCUGCUUGCUUGUUUCCUUGUUAGUGAAAGAACUACCCAGAGGAAGUGCCAGGCCACCAUUAUCCCCCAUUUGCCCCCUCAUUGUCUAGAUAUCUGAAUGUUGCCAAGGAUUGCUAGUGGCAUUUUUAAAAAGAAAAGAUCUCCAAGCAAAUGUGGAGAAAUCCAAUGUCUCCUGAAGGCUUCGUUGUGGUGCUGAGUGAGGAGAAAAGGGCUGGCUUCUUUCUGGAGAAGGGGAGGGUGGAAAAAGUUAGUCAGGGCUCCUACCCUCUGAACUCCAUUUGUUUGCAGACUGAGUUCUGGUGGUGGUGGUGGUGAGCACCAGCAGGGCCUGAAGGAGCCGCUGCUGUCAAGGAACCAUCGCCACUGCCACCAGUAAGGUACCUUCUCACCUGCCCGCCUGCCGCCUGCCCUUUCAACCCUUUUAGAGUUAGGAAUCCCCUUUGCUUGUAAACAGGAAUCCUUACCAAAUUCCCCUUUACAAGCAUAGCCACCCGAACCGGGUUGAACUAGGCCAAACCAGUUCAACCCAAUUUGACUGAACGAACCCAACUGCCAGCCAGUUCUAAUGAACUGGUCCACAGACCAGUUCAAAUUUGAACCGAACCACUCAGAAUGGUUCUGGGAAUAGCCCCAAUCCAGCAGUAGAAAUGCAAGAGCAACUUUCAAGCAAGAGAGGCACGGAGAGAGAAAGACAGAGAGAAAGAGAUGAUAUAUUUGGUGAGAGAAUGUUGGGCUGGCGAGAAUGUGCAGCUGGCAAGGAGGAGGGCAACACCCCCUCUGCCCCAAAUGAGGAGCCUCCAUUACUGAAUACUGAGCUGAAAACAGAGCUUUCGUUCCUCAGUGCAAAACCAGGAGCAAGUUGUUGCAGGGUUCCUUUCACUCUUUCCUAGCUUAAAAUGUCUGGCCAGCUCUUUUCCCUUACUCAAGGAGAUUCAGUAAUGAUGCUGUUUGGGAUCUGUAAUAAGUGAUUUAGCCUUUGGGCUGCCUCCCUAAAAUAUUACAACUUACAAGUCUUUCCCCUCCAGAUUAUCAUCAUCCUCAUGUAAUAAUUACAUCUUUACUGCUGGUCCUUUCCUACUGAAGAACUCAAAAGGUUUUAAUGAAUGUAUGAGACAGGCCAGAGUUCCUUGAUUUCUGUGAAUGCCAUCCUUGAAGUAUUGUAUGGCUCCAAGGGUGUUCAGCAGCUUAUCUCUCUGCGUUCUGAGAUCUUGCCCUGUACAUAGGCAAUGCACAUUUAUUAUGUAGUAACCAGCAUUCACAGUUUCUGAGGCUUCUCUUGAGACAGUUAUGAAGAGUUUUCUUGGGGUGCGAUUUAACUAGCCAUAGCUGCUCUUUCUCAUUCUCCCUAACCUUAUUCAGACAUUAUUAGAAUAGGCUGUAUUUGUGAACAAACUCUCAAGGCACACUGGGGGGUGCCCAGCCACCUGAUCACGGAAACGCCCCCCCAUCAUGGUCACACAGCAUAUUCAGAGGAAUGCUACUCUAACCAUGAGAAAGUGAAUGAUAUGCCAGGGCAGGACUGCCAGUUCCAGCAUACUUUGAGAGGCUGUAUGCCAGUAUAGCCUCUGUUUUAAUAACAUCUAACUAGGACUCCUGUAUUUAUUCUGAUCUUGAAAGCUGGUUGUAGAGAGCCCAAUAUAGGAAACCAGCCAGAGAAGUCAUCUCUCCUUCCUUUCCAGCAGGCUAUAUAUCCCACAGCAUACCACAUAAAAAUCUUUAUGGAGUUUUCCUGUUUUUGGACUCCCAACACAUUGUCUGUGACAGUGUGGUGAAUCUAUGGAAGAGGUGACUCCGAAAAUUAGAAUUCCUGGAGACUACUACUUCUUCAGGAGUUAACAAAGGGCCUUCUUACAUGUGUAUAUCGACAGUGGUGACAGAAGAAGGCACUUAAAGACUGGGCAUCAUGGCCCCCAAUCUGUAGCAAGCUAGUUUGUGCGCUCUUGAAUAAUAUACAAGAUUUUGUUUUCAUCAUAAUUUGGGACAAGCCAUUCUUCGGAUGCUUCCCAGUAUGUGGAAUUCUACAUGUGGCAGUAGAGACAUUCUACUCAUUCACUGCAAGCUGUGGGCUACCACACACAAGCUUUUUCCACGAUCCCAUCGAGUGCCGAGAUGGUUGAGUGAGGAGAACCAGAGUGGUCAGCUUAUGUUAAAGAAAUUGUUAUGUAAAGGAGAUGGGUGAAUUCAAAGUGAUUGAUCAAUGAAAAUAUGUUGUGCCAAUUAGAAUAUUGUUGAUUUUGUACUCGUUUGCUCAGAAGCAAUUUUUCAAAAGGGCAAAACGUUAGACAAACAAAUGGAGUUUAAGCAGCUGUAGCAAAAGUCCACAUUUCUGCAUUAAGAGCCCUUUUUUAAGGAAAAGAAGCCUGCUGUCCACCCUUCAUGGCAGGAAGUCCAAACCAGGGGUUUAGGAAUAGCCCAGAAUGAUAAAAACCUUUUCUAUGGGACAACAUGUUUUUUUGAAUGAUGACAAAUGUGAUGAGAUUUUAAAAAUAGAAUCUCUGUUUUGUGGCUAAAUGAACUAUUGAAAUUAUAAAGAUGAUAUGCAAUGCAGUUUUAAUUUUUCAAUAAAAGAGAAUCAUUAAAACAG